AUGAAGGAAGGAGAGACCAUUCAUGAAAUGCAUACUAAACUUUCCUCCAUAACCAAUGAGCUACGAAGUCUGGGUGAGCCCAUCAACACUAGUAAGCAAGUUAGGAAGGUUCUUCGAAUUCUUCCAAAGUCCUGGGCAAGCAAAGUAGAUGCUAUCACUGAAGCUAAGGAUUUGAAGGUUUUGACAAUGGAUGCUCUCAUUGGAAACCUCGAGACCCAUGAAAUGAACAUAAAUCAGGACAUCUCAAAGAAGGAAGCCAAGAAAGACAAGUCCUUAGUUCUCAAAAUCACACCAGGAGAAACUUCAAGUGAAAAGUAUGACAUGGCCUAUCUGACCAAGAGAUUUCAGAAAAUUGUGAGAAAGUACAGAGGAUUUAGAAAAGGAGGGAAUCCUCAUAGGGCUGCAUCUGCUAGUGACCUUUGUCACAAGCAGUGUGGAAAGGCAGGCCAUUUCAUAAGAGAUUGCCCAAUACUUAAAGCUAAAAGCAAAGAGUAUCAAAGACCUGGAGGUGAAAAAGAUAAGAGGAGGGACCUGGUACCUGAGAAGAAUGCAAGAAAAGCUACAGCUGACUAUUUUGUGAAGAAAGCUCUUGCUGCUUGGGGGGAUUCCUCAAGUGAGUCAGAAUGCCCUGAUGAUGCAUCAAUGCUGGCGGCUCAAGAUGAUGCUAACGUGUUUGAUGGGUUGUUUGCCCUCAUGGAAAAAUCAGCUGACGAGGACAAUGAAGAUAAGGAACAUUUGACAGUUCUAGAAGCUGAAAAUCUAGAACUUAAAAAUCAAUUGAGCAUAAUGAUUGAGAAAUCUGGGAAAAGAAAAGGGAAGGCCACUAGUUUGCAAGUAGAGCUAGAAGCAAAUCUAAAUACUGCUGAGACCAUACUUACUCUACCCUUGGAAAGAAACGAUCAGAUGGAAAGGGACCUGGUCCAUCUUAAAGAAGAACUUCAGACUUUUCUAAAAUGGACCAGUUCCACCAAACUGCUUUCUAACAUUACCAGUCAAAGCAACUGCAACAGAAAGGGAUUGGGAAGCAGAAGUCAGUGCUGGUUCAUUGACAGUGGAUUCUCAAAGCACAUGAUUGGAAACACCAAAAACUUCCUUUCACUCAAGGCACUUCAAGGCGAAGGUGUCUCUUUUGGCGAUGGAAAAAGAGGGUAUAUCCUUGGAGUUGGCAGGGUUGGAAAUUCUCUUGAAAGCUCUAUUGAAAAUGUGUAUUAUGUGAAUGGGUUAAAGUACAGUCUUCUUAGUGUCUCUCAGAUAUGUGAUAAAGGAAACGAAGUAAGGUUCACAUCAGAAAAUUGCAUUGUCAGCAGUUUGUCUACCAAAAGGGUGAUAUUAACGGCCCGAAGGCAGAAAAACAUGUAUGUGGCAGCACUGGAAAUAGUUCAUGGAGACGAUCAAACAUGCCUAAGUGCUCAAAGUGCAAAUGCCGACUUGUGGCAUAGGAGGCUAGGUCAUGUGAGCUCGUCUUUACUGAACAAGCUGGUUUCUAGGGACCUGGUCGGUGGCUUGCCAAAAUUGAAGUUCAGUGAUAACACAGUGUGUGAUGCAUGUGUCAAAGGGAAGCAGACCAGAUCCUCAUUCAAACCAAAGAAGCAAGUAAGCUCAUCAAGAGUUCUUGAACUGAUGCAUAUGGGUUUGUGUGGGCCUGUGAAAAUCCAAAGUCGAAAUGGAAAAAAGUAUAUUCUGGUGAUAGUGGAUGACUACUCAAGAUUCACGUGGACUAUGUUUCUCAAGUCAAAGUCAGAGACAACUGACGUGCUGAUGAUUUUCUUCAAAAUGAUCCAAACUAAGCUAAAUUGCUUGAUUGCGAUCAGGUCUGACCAUGGAACGAAAUUCGAAAAUGUUAAGCUUGAUGUUUCCUGUGCAAAAAAUGGUAUCAACCAUAACUUCUCAGCCCAGAAAUCCUCAGCAAAAUGGUGUGGUGGAAAGAAAGAAUAG